AUGCAUUCCGAUGGAGUUAAUAUAAUGACAACCAAACACAGACAUUGUUAUGCAACAACGGCAACAAUUCUUGAGAUCCCUCCACCAUUACGUGACGUCGCAAAAAAUAAAAUUCUUUUAAGUCUGUAUUUUGGAAGGAAACAACCAUCCGUAGAAUCGAUGUACGGUCGUUUGAUUGAUGAUAUAUUAACACUGAAGCAAAGAGGAUUGACAGUUGAAAAUGAAAAGAAUGAAAUUAUAAAUUUUAAUUUUCGAUGUCAGACUGAUAAGAAUGAUUUACCUUGUCGAGCUGUCAAAUGGAAGAUUAAUCAAUUCAAUGAAAAUUAUGCUUGUACACACUGCAAACAGGAAGGCAACACAUUGAAUUCUCCAUUAGUCUAUUAUCCUUACAGCGACAAUCAUGUUCUACGAACACAACACGAUUUUGUUCAUGCAGCAAAGUUAGCCGCCUCUCGCUCAAAACCAGGUUACGUCACCAUCGUCGAAGGUAUCAAGGGAUUAACACCAUUGUUGAAGAUCUAUAAAAAUGUAACUGAACAUUGUAUCUUUGAUUACAUGCACGCUGUUUGCGGUGGUUCAGGACAUAUUGGUCAUCUGUUACAGAAAUGGUUAAGUCACACCUCAUCAACAACAGCAACACAGAUGAGUGAUUUUGUAUUAGAGACUUUGAUUCCUCAUGAUGUGAAAGUUAUAAUGAAAUCAUUCUCUGACCUGGAAUGGUACAAGUCAAAAGAACUGAAGUUUUUCUUAUUAUAUAUUUCGAUGCCGUUAGUGGUAAAAUUCUUACCGGCAGCUAUUGCAAACCAUUUUGUUUUAUUCUUUUUAUCAAUAAGAAUUUUGCAUUUCUAUGAAGAUGUUUCACAGAUUGAUGAUGCUAAAGAAUUUUUACAACAAUAUAGGAAAGAAUUAGCUGCUAUUUAUGGAGCCAAAUUUGAACUAUAUAGUGUGCAUUUACUACAGUAUUUUCCAAAUCAAUGUCGACAACAUGGUGCUCUCUACACCACAUCAUAUUUCUCUGAGGAGAGUUUUCUAGGCUAUUUGAAGAGUUUACGAAAGAAUACAACUGUUAAAAUUGGACGAAAUAUUUUUCAUCAAUAUCUUCUUCAAACCACUAUUCAUAAAGAUGAAACGUUGACAUUAGAAAAUCUCUUUAUAGAUGAACAAAUAUAUGAUUCAACGUAUAUAAGUAAACAGGAGCUUAAUAAAUUUUUACCACUAUUGCAACAGCAAUUUCAAGUAAAUAUUUAA